AUGUCUCAAAGCAAACGUAGACAAAGUGGUGAAGUCAGGAUUGGUCAUUCUCUGAAUCAUGGAGAGCAAAACCAUGUUUCCAGAAGGAGAGGCACUGUUAUACAGUGCUUAUGGAGACACAGCAUCAAGUGUGAUCAGGAUACAAUUCCCAACAUUGCACUUCUGGGCUCUGGAGGAGGUGAGCGAGCCAUGUUGGGGUUACUGGGAUCACUGGUUCAACUGCAGAAAUGUGAUCUACUGGACAGCAUACUGUAUCUGGGUGGAGUGUCAGGAUCCACAUGGUGCAUGGCGUCCUUAUACAAAGAGCCAGACUGGUCCACCCAACUGGACGCUGUGCAGGAGAAAAUCAUUAAAAGGCUUGACGGUCCUGCAGUCAGCUGGUCGGAUGCUUGGACAAAACUGGAAAAAUACUAUAACCAGAAGGACAAUUUCUCCCUGACAGACGUCUGGGCUGCAAUGUUUGUCACUACGAUCAAGAAAGAGAUUGAUGAGACCACUGUAAGCAAUCAGAGAGAGUAUCACAGCAAAGACCCAUACCCCAUCUACACUGUGAUUGACAAGCAGUGCAAAAAGGACAAACUGAACCGAGAUGUCUGGUUUGGGAUUGUGCCUCAUGAAGCUGGAUACUCCCUCACUGGUGCUUUUGUGGACUCAACCAGUUUUGGGAGUCAGUUUAAAAAUGGAAGUCUGAUUAAAAAACAGCCUGAGAUGGACAUGCUGUAUCUGCAAGGACUCUGUGGCAGUGCCCUUGCUGAUAGAGAAGAGAUAUCGAAAUGGAUUUGGGAACAAAUCCCACGUAUUUAUAAAUACUCAUCCCAGGGCCGAGAGGUGCUCUCAACCCUAGUGAAGCUGAACAUAUGUGUACUGAACAAAGAAGACCCCACAAGUCUAAUCAAUGACAUGACUGUGCUCCUAAAAGGAAAGCUGGACAAACAUGGGAGAGCGAUGUUUAUCUCUGCAAAGGAGGUACUCUAUGAGCCCAAGCAUGACAGACUGAAGCAGUACACACUGAACAUAUGUGAAAACUUCGAAGAUUGGUUUGGGGACUCAGCAACAGGUGCAAGGGCCUCAUGGAUUAUCCCAAAGAUCAUACAGCUUCUUUGCAACUGGACAUGGGGAACAACAUACAAUUUCGUCCACAACAUGAAAGUGCAAGAUGUGAAUCCCUCUGUUCUGAGUGAGAAGGAGAGAUAUUAUGAAGAUGCUGGGCUACUGAUCAACUCUCCCUAUUUCCCAGUGCUGAGAAAGGAAAGACACAUUGAUCUCAUCAUCUCCUUUGACUUCAGUGCUGGAGACCCCAUGGAGACAGUGAAAAAAACCUCUCAAAUGUGCAAGGAGCUGAAGAUCCCUUUCCCUGAAGUGCAUGUCCCAGAGCCUGUUCAGGAACCAACAGACUUCUAUUUGUUUGAGGGGAAAAAUGAAGCUCCAACUGUGAUCCACAUUCCCCUUUUCAACAAAGUCAACUGUGGUGGUUGUAUCAAGGAGUGGGAGAAGAGAUAUAGCACCUUUCAGGGGCCCUACAGCCAUGACAUGAUCAUCGAUCUGAUUAAGAAAGCAGGCGAGAAUGUAAUAAACAACAAGGAAAAACUAGUGAAAACAAUUCAAGCCAGCGUUGAGAAAAAGAAGGCCAAAUUACAAUAG